AUAAAAAGGAAAGCUGCAAAAAAACGGGAGGGAAAUACUUUCGGUAUUGACUGAGAGGUUUUAAUAGCCGUUGAUGCAUGUCAGAAAACAUAAGUUUUAACAUGCCGGCCCCGUGUUUUGCAGCAAACGGAAAAACUGCUGCGGACCUGAGGCUGCGAUAGGCAGAGACUGAGACACGGCGUGUAUUUCCUGGGAAGGACUUUUGACGCUGGUGGAGUACUGGUUUCAGGCAGUAUAAUUGCUGCAGUUACACGAGAAAUGCUGAAAACGCGUUCAGAGCUUCAUGUUCAAAAACAAAGUUGCUGGAAAAGCUCAGAUAUUAAUUAAAAAUAAUUUGCAGACCAGGAUCACAAAGCAAGUUCUCCAUUAAGCGGAGUGAUCAGGAUGACUCUUUUUUUUAAUGACCCCCACAGGACCUUUCGUGAUCUAAUCCAGUAAGAGUGUGAGCUGCUACAAUGCACGUGCUAGUAAAAGUGGGAAUAAGAGGACAGAUGAGAUGGCUGCUUGGCUGGAGCUAUAACUUGAUGCCUCAGGAAUCUAAACCUUUUGAGACUGUUUGUUUGUUGGUUACUGGGUAAGGUAGGACAUGCACAAGCUUGACCAGUAGUCCUGGGCAGAGCUGGGACAGAUAUUCUUGAUGCUUUUGCUUGUUCCACUGGUGAGGAUUUAAACUCGUAUGACAAGGGAAUGGGAACCAAAGUAUAGCUUUAGCAGUAAAAGACUCAGAUCAGCAAAUGGGACGUGAAAUUAGUUCAUGAUGUUGUCGGUGGCUGAAAGAUUAAAAGAAAGAAGGAUUAAUCAAGAUCAAAUCUCUUUUCAUACAUCAGUCCUGUGAUCCCAGGAAUUGGUCUGGUGAACCGUCUUUAUGAUCAUUCAGUAGCCAAAGCAUCCCUCCUUUGGAAAGGAGAACAAAGGUGCACUCUACUCCAGGUGUGGUCUCACCAAGGCCCUUAGAGAAAGACAUCCCUCUUCCUGUACUCGAAUCCUCUCACAAUGAAGGCCGAAAUAUCAUUUGCAUUCUUCACUACUUGCUGCUGCCAGUUUCCUAAAAGAGAACAGGAGAGAAACACGGAACAAAAUGGGGUCAGACACUGGGGUAACAUUGUUGAACACACUGUCCCGACUGUAUCGGUGCUGGCCAUCAAGCACCUAUUGAAGCUAGGCCCGUUUUCUGGCACUCGGUGUGUAACCUAUAUUAUGGUGCAAUGGAUGAUCAUCUCAACACUUCUUCAAGAUUGCAAUGGUUCCUGCAUCUAUCACCAUUUCAGAUGCUGCCAGAUCUGCUGUGUAUCUCCAUCUUUUUCUGUUUUUAUUUCAGAUUUCAGGUAUUUUGCUGCGUCUUAGUCCUUCAGAAGGAUCAGAGGGUAUGGGGAGAAAACAGGAAUUGGAUUCAUUUUCAGAUGUAUAAAAUGCCUGUCCUGCAUGUCUGUCCAAACUAUCUCUUUUUGUAGUUUUGGGCAAACACUGACAGUUUCCCUUCCCUGAAGGACAUUUAAUGAACCAAUUCAGUUUUACUGAUAAUCCAGCUGUGGCCCUCAGUGUUGGAUCCACAAUUGACCAGAUUAAUUUCUGAGUUUCACAAUCUUUGUGUGUGUGUUCUUCUUCUGGUUUCUCUCUCUCUACUUUUCUGUUUGAAAUUUUGAUUGCAUUCAGAGAAAUCGAACAAAACCACAUCCAGAUCUGACACUGCAAUCUGUUGUCAUAACCUAAUUAUCUCAAGAUUUUGAACAUUGAAGGAAGAAGCACUGUUCACACCAGGGAGAAAUGCGUAUUGUCCGUGUGUCAGAGUCUGUGAAGAUUCAUCUGAAAUGUUCAAACACCAGUGCAGUCACAGUGGGGAGAGACUGUGGAAAUGUGGGGAUUGUGGGAAGGGAUUUAUUUACCUAUCCCAGCUGGAAAUGCACCAACGCAGUCACACUGGGGAGAAACUGUUCGGUUGCUUUGAUUGUGGGCUGGGAUUCACUCAGUCAAACAACCUGCUGAAACACCAGCGAGUUCACAGUGGGAAGAGACCGUUCACCUGCUCUAUUCGUGGGAAAGGAUUCGCACAGACAUCUCACCUGCUGAAACACCAGCGAAUUCUCACAGGAGAGAGGCCAUUCACUUGCUCUGUAUGUAGGAAAGAAUUUGCUUUGUCAUCCAGCCUGUUGACACAUCAGCGAAUUCACAAUGGGGACAGACUGUUCACCUGCUCUAUUCGUGGGAAAGGAUUCGAUUUGUCAACCAACCUGCUGAGACACCAGCAAGUUCACACCGAAGAGAAAUCAUUCACCUGUUCUGUGUGUGGGAAAGGAUUCACUCAGUCAUCCUCUCUGCUGGAACACCAGCAAGUUCACACUGGGAAAAGACCGUUCAUCUGUUCUGAAUGUGGGAAAGGAUUCACUCGCAAUUCUAAACUAUUGGUACACCAGCGAGUUCACACUGGAGAGAAACCGUUCACAUGUUCCGAGUGUGGGAAGGGAUUUGCUCACUCAACCAACCUGCUGAGACACCAGCGAGGUCACUCUGGGGACAGACAAUUCACUUGUUCUAUGUGUGGAAAGGGAUUCACUCAAUCAUCCAAACUGCUAACACACCAGCAAGUUCACCACAACCACAUUUGAAGGAUUUUGCUUUUAAAUCAAGGAACUUUGAUCUUUGGCCUGUUUGUACUUGUGUCAUUCGUCCCUGCUCAAAACUUGAUCUUC